AACUGCACUUACUGCUUUUGAGGCAAAAAUUUAUUAAGUAAACUGUAAACGCGAACCAUCAUUUACUUAUUCGGUUUCCGGAGCAAACUGCCUAAUCUGAAAUCUAUGCAGAAGCCAUAUUUCUACACGAAUACGUAUUGGUAUUGUACACGGUACGGCAGGUUGUGCAAUGCGUGGUUAUCUGUUUUAUGCCAGAUCAGUUUAGCCAUUUAGGCGUUGUUUUGCUGUCUGAUUACAGACGUUUUUUCGUUCAGCUUAACUUUUUAGCAGUUUUUUGCAUUUAAUUGUUCGAGUUUUGGGAAAAAAAUAUGUUUGAUCUCGUGUGAGAAUUACGACUAUUUUCUCGGAACAUUUGAUCUGUAAUCUGGAUAUUCUUUUUAAUGGAUAACUCCGAGGAACGAAUACCGACUCCAGAAAACGUUGAUGUUAUUUUCACCGUCGAACCUCUUCACAAUCCUGUGCAAGAAUGCCCGGUAGAAGUCAGCCAAGAUGCCAAGACAGACGCAGCGUCCCAUAAGCAGAGCGCGAGCGAAUGGUUCCUAGCCGUCAUCAUGCUGGCCAUCACGGUGGCGGCUUCCACGGCCGCCGGUCAGCUGACCAAUCUGGCAUUAACGGAUGAGAAAAUGAACUUCCAUGCGCCAUUCCUCUUCGUUAUGUUUAAAAUCCUUUUUCGCUCCAUGUCGUUUCCAUUGUAUCUCGUUAUCAAUACCAUUAUCAAAGUGAUCCGCGGCAGGAAACUCGAUCUUCGACGGACAUGUCGAAGAGGGAAAGACAUCUGUGGCGAGGAUGGCUUGUCUGUAAAAACGAUCUUUUUCAAGUUUUUCCCGCCGAUGGUGUUCAGUCUGCUAAGUCAGCUGACAUAUACCCUGGCGUUAUCCAAUCUGAGCACUUCCAUGGCGUCGGCGCUGACACCUCCGUCCGUGGCGAUUUCCUACAUUUUAUCAUGGUUGUUUUUGAAGCACCGACUACUGCUUAUCAAGAUUCUGUUUGUAUUUGUCACAUUUGGUGGGGUUGCACUGAUUGCCUACCAUGAAUUCACGGUCAAUCUGGCCAAAAAGACUGUUGUCGGGGUUAGUUUGAUGUUGGCACAGGACUGCUGUAUUUCCUUGUAUCAACUCACAUUUAAAAAAUCAUUCCCUAAAGGCCAUUUGGGACAAGUGUCCUUUGCCAUUACCGUUAUGUACGCCCUGAUGGCUGUGGUAUACUGGCCGAUUCCGUUGGCCAUGCAUUUGUCCGGCCAUGAGAAUUACGACAUCACUAUGCUGCCUUAUCCGAUCCUGACUGCUGCCUGGUCGUGCACAGCAAUAUCAUCGCUGGUGUAUGGGUAUGGAAUUGUUCUGGCAGGAGGAUUUUUCAUGGGAUUAAGUGACUUGAUCGUACUGGCCGUGAACAGUGGCAUCGAUGUUACUUUACGGGGCGUUCUCAUUUCCAACGCUCAAAUAAUGGGAACCGUAAUUGUCAGCUUAGCUUUCGUAAUGCUGGUGCUUCCCGACAACAUUGUUUCGCUGAAUUUGAAAAAGUGGAUUGGCGGACUGAGACAACCUAAACUAAAAGCGGAGAAAUGGGAUUCGUUAUCGGAAACAGGAUCAGUCACCAGCUACGACUCCUUUACGCUGAAAAGACGCUCACCGGUGAUACCCAGAAUACGGACGAGUACGGAUGAACUUCUGAAAUCGUACGAUGUCUUGGAAGAACGGGAUUUUAUGGCUCUAUCCGAAAACACCGCUGUUGAGCCGCUAACCAAUUCUUGAAAAAUCCUGAAGCACAGUUGGAGAGCUGCGUAUAAUCUCAUUUUCUUCCGGGUGUUACACGUCAUCCGACUUAUGAAUAAUGCCAGUACCGCAUUGUUCUGCGCCCCUGUUACCUUGCCAGUGAUCUCAAGAUUGGUGCUAACGAUUGGUGUUAUUUUAAAACCAACUUGGUAUUUUGUAGUUGUAAAGGUAUACAACUAACCUGUGAAAAAUCUGUGUUAGGUUUGUUUAACGAGUGACGAUUGUGAGAUCUGUGAUCCUAUCAGUUAUUCAGUAGUAAAGUACCGGUAUUAAACUCUUUUACUGUUCAUGUGCCGGUUAUCCGAAUUCGAAUAUGUACUGUGGUCUGGGCUGUAAUUUAGCAGUGUUAUUGUAUCGAAUACAGAUUCCUUUUGAAACACCGAACGUCCGAAUCACUGCACUACACUUCAGUCGUGUGAUUCAUAGAAAUGAAUUUUUCUGUUCCGUUUUAGGCUUUUAGCUGUGACAAAUUUAAAUGUUGUUCAACUUUAUUUCAUAAUUGAAUAUGGUGUGUU